UGAUGAUUCCCAUUUAUGAUUCCCCGGCUCAUUAAGCGCAGUUCUCGAAAGAUUCUCACAAGUUGGUCUAGUUAUGAGAAAACGGUAAUUGAGAACGCUGCACGCUGCAUAACAACCAGUGAAUACGGUCACAUAGUUGAUAAGCAAACGAAUAGAACUUUUGAUAUCACUCCUAGCGACUACGAUUAUCAGCUGCCUGAAGAUAGAAUAGCGCUUUCUCCCACAACACCCAGAGAUGCUUCCAAAUUGCUGGUAGCUGUUUGUGGUUCAGGAACUGUGAUAGCUGACAGUACUUUUAGAAACUUGGAUAAGUUUUUGCCAGACAACGCUGUCCUAAUAAGUAAUGAUUCCAAAGUGAUAGCUGCUAGGCUGUUCAUGAGAAAGGUAGAAACAGGAGGAUUGGUUGAAGUGUUAUGUUUGGACCCGAUAACCAAAACCACUUUGGAGUCGUUGGAGGCUGUCAACAGCUGUGAGUGGUUAUGUUUCGUGAGGGGGAAAAACGUGAAGCCAGGCACACAAUUAUUUCUUGACGAUAUGGAAAGUCCUUUGAAAGCAGAGAUUCAGGAAAAAUACGAAAGAGAAGCUUUGAUUCGAUUUACUUGGAAUUCCGGUAGAGAAUACAAAUUUCGCGAUAUUUUAGAAAAACACGGUAUCAUUCCGCUACCACCGUAUAUGAAGAGAAAUGUCACGAAAGACGAUCGAACAUCGUAUCAAACAGUAUAUGCAACAAAUGAAGGAAGUGUCGCGGCUCCCACUGCAGGACUGCAUUUUACACCACAACUUCUUUCCAAGCUUGAGCAAAAAAAUGUAUCACUGGUCCGUGUAACAUUGCACGUAGGUGCAGGAACCUUUUCUCCUAUUGUCACCGAGUCUGUAUCGAAACACGAUAUGCACGACGAACGGUUCCACGUGACUUUGACAGCUUUGAAACAACUAAAAGAAAACUGUCAACAAAGUAGACCAUUUGUUGCAGUUGGUACAACUAGUGUGCGUACUUUGGAGACGCUUUAUUGGAUAGGUUAUCAAUUAAUAACUAGCGAGGACUUUAGAUCGCGUCAGUGUCCCACUGAAGAUCUGUCAUUAAGUCAAUGGUUUCCAUAUGAAAGGGAGUCAUCGCUAAUGCAAACGAAUACUUCAGCGUGCAACAGUCAUCUUCCGACGAGAAUGGAAAUUCUGGAUGCUCUUAUCAGUUGGUUAGAAGAGAGAGCAUGUGACUCUAUUAUGGGUAGAACAAAACUUAUUAUCGUCCCCAAUUAUCCUUUCUUUAUGGUCGAUGCAAUGAUAACCAACUUCCAUCAACCUCGUUCAACGUUACUAAUGUUGGUAGCGGCGUUUUUGGGUGACAGAUCUGCAUUAUUUCAUGUUUAUCGUCAUGCACUGGAGCACGAUUAUCGUUUUCUAAGUUAUGGAGAUGGAUCCUUACUUGCAUCUCCUGUAUUCUUUGCAAACAACAAUAUCGACAUCGAUAAAUGAGAAACUACAAAAAUAAAUAAAUGUAACAAAUAACGA